UCUGACAGUCGAGAGCCAGAGACCGAGAGAGAAGCACGAUGUCUGAAUUCAGAAGGAUCCUAAUGUCUUCAUUCCUGAUGCUGCUGCUCCACUUUCCAGCAGCAAAUGGGGAAUAUUCCUUCUUCACUGUCAGAGAUGGAGAUGAAGUCACUUUGCCUUGUGACAAUGUGAAACAUGAUCAGGAUAAGUGUGAGAGUACUACCUGGUACUUCUAUUAUGCACCAAACACACCAGCAGUGACGCUGUUUGAAGGCGGACAGAUUCUCAACGAUGCCAAAGGUAAAUCAGACAGACUGAGAGUAACAGAGAAAUGUUCUCUGGUUAUAAAGAAGGUCACAGAGGAGGAUGCUGGUCUUUACUUCAGCAGACAGUUCAGAUCAGGAGAACAAGGUUCAGACUCUGAGGUUGAUCUAUUUGUUGUUACCAUGACUGAGCAUCAGGACACUGAGCAGGUGACGUUAAACUGCUCUGUGUUGUCAUAUGGAUGGUGGUGUAGACACACAGUUGAGUGGCUGUAUGAGGAUCAAAAUGUGGUUAAAGAUAACAGAGACAUUCAGACAUCACAGACUGACUGCUCAGCUGCCGUUACAUUUUCUAGCUCUUCAAAGGAGAAGACAAUCUAUCGUGGGUUGUUUAAAUGUCAGGUGAUGAACACUAACAAUGAAGGGAAAAAACAGCUGUUCACCUUCAGCCCCCCUCAGCCCCCAGGUAAUGAUGAAAUGACAACUACAUCAGAACAAGAGACAAUGAGCACAUCAGAAGAGACGACCAAUACUGCAUCUGAAAACAACAACAACCAAUCAGAACAAGACGGGAAACAUCCAGGUUGGUGGUGGUGGAGGAUCAUCGUUGUGAUAGUGGGUGUUGCAGCACUCACAAUAAUCACUGUGGCUGUCAGCAGACGGAAGAGGACUCAAGGGAAUGAAACCCAGACCGAUGACAACGUGGCUGACCCUGAAGAUGGUGUUUCCUACGCCUCCAUCAGCUACACCAGGAAGAGCAGCAGGAAAGCCAGGGCUCAUGAUGAUGAUGAUGAAGAUGGUGAAGUGACCUACAGCACUGUGAGAGCUCCCUCCUCUUCCUCCGCUGAUCCCAUCCUCCAUCUACGUCACCGUCAACAAACCCAAAAAAAUAAUACAGUUUAA